AUGAGAUUCAAACCACCACCACCCAAUUCAAAUAUAGGCUGGAGAGUGGAAUUUCGUAGUAUGGAGAUACAAAUAACAGAUUUUGAGAAUGCUGCUUUUGCAAUAUUUAUUGUUGAUGAGAAUAUGAGGAUAGCUCAUAAUAAAGAUGCAGUAUUAAAUGAAAAGUUUUGGUUUAGAAAAAACAUUUUGGAAAAUGAUGAUGAAUAUCAAAAAAUGACCAUCAAUGAAAUUUUUAAUGGAAAUGACAAAUUUCCUGGAUUGAUCUCAUUAAUUUUCAGAUAUUUAGAAUCAAUCAAUGUAGACAUAGAAUCUAGAUGUAUGCUAGGAAAAUAUCUAAGAUUUGUUAGUAAAAGAGCUGAAGGUAAGUUGCAAACAACAGCAAAAUGGAUGAGAAACUUUGUACAAAAUCAUCCAAAAUAUAAUCAAGAUUCUGUCGUUACUCAGGAAAUUAAUUAUGACUUGAUCAGGAUGAUUGAAAAGAUUCAAAAUGGUCAGGUUAAAGUUGAGGAAUUAAUGGAUGAUUGUUUACAAAAGUAA